AAGUCCUCCCACUCGGGAAGAAGAAAGAGGUUUUUUUUUAUGCUUUCCUUUGUGUGGAGCACGAAAUCUCGGCGGAACCUUUCUUCUUCGUCGGCUUGUAAUCAAGUAGACUUCUUCUUCCUCUGAAAGAUCUCUAGCUCCAUUCGUCGAAUCUCUUGGUGGGUUUUGGAGGGAUUGGAGCGGAAGGAAUGCAGCGAAGUGGCCGUGCGCGGCGAUGGUGAGUGUUCGCCCCGGAAGGAUAGAACAGCACAAGCAGGUCUCCCCGGACAGGAUGAUGUUUAAAGUUCCAGCGAAUUCGCUGCCGCCGCCGCCGCCGCCGCCAAGUUCUUCCUCCUCGCAAGCUCCAGCGGACAUGGCAGGCAAGAGGAAGUGGCAGGAGGCUUUCAAAGGGGAGUCGUGCCCAUCUGUGCCCGCGCCGCCGCACAGAUCGCCGCAGCUCACCAUCUUCUACGCUGGCGCGGUGAACGUCUACGACAAUGUCCCGGAAAACAUGGUGAAAGCGCUCAUGACACUCGCGGCGGCCAAGAGCUCCAGGCCCGCGGCGCUGAUGAGCCAGAUCGAGCUCCAGCGGAGUUGUAGCAGCAACAAGACGGGAUUUGGAUUCCAGGCAAACCAAUCCAGCUGCAAUGGUGGCGGCAGCGCCCGCGCGGGCGUGAAAUCGAGCAGCAACGUCGCCAGUAGCAGCACCUCGGGCUCCUUCUCGUUCCCGGUUCUAGAGACCACGAGCACGUCGCUCAGCUUGAAUAGCUCGUACAAGGCCGCGAGCGAGGAGAGAUCUAGCGUGCCAGCUCCAGCUCCAGCGGCAGCGCCGGAACAAUCCUCCGGAACAGCGGUGCAAGCAUCAUCUUCGCCACCUUCUCCGGCGGCUUCUCCGGAUCUGCGGGGCAUGGGUCCGAGAACUCGGAUGCAAAUGCUCCCAGCUGGACUUCCGCAGGCCAGGAGAGCAUCGAUCCAGCGCUUCCUCCAGAAACGAAAGCAGAAGCAGGUGAACAACAACGGCGAAGACGACGACGAAGACGCGGCGGCAACGGCGGAGAUGAAGCCCACAUCGCCACCGCCCGUGGGGCCGCCCACGUCCGCAUCAACGGCCCACAUUGCCGCACAAGUUCCACAUUUCCUAAAGAAAAGAUAGUACGUUCACGCUAGUGCCACGUCGCUAUUAACCCUAAUUUCUAAGUCCUGUCCACCUGUAAGAAAAAAGUACACACACACACACACA